AUGGCAGCUCGCCUUGGGUCGACGUCGAUCGAUGAGUUCUACGUGGGCCCAGUGCCUCCCAAGCAGGUGACAUUUGCCAAGCUGAAUGACAACAUCCGGGAAAACUUCCUGCGGGACAUGUGCAAGAAGUAUGGGGAGGUGGAGGAGGUGGAAAUUCUGUACAACCCCAAGACCAAGAAGCACCUGGGCAUCGCCAAGGUGGUCUUUGCCACUGUCCGGGGGGCCAAGGAGGCCGUCCAGCACUUGCACAGCACUUCUGUCAUGGGCAACACCAUCCACGUGGAGCUGGACACCAAGGGUGAAACUCGCAUGCGCUUCUAUGAACUGCUGGUCACCGGCCGGUACACCCCCCAGACCCUUCCUGUGGGGGAGCUGGAUGCCGUCUCUCCAAUCGUGAAUGAGGCCCUGCAGCUGUCAGAUGCCCUGAAGCGCCUCAAAGAUGGCACCCUGUCUGCGGGCUGCGGCUCGGGCUCGUCCUCGGUCACCCCCAACAGCGGCGGGACGCCCUUCUCGCAGGACACGGCCUACUCCAGCUGCCGGCUGGACACGCCCAACUCGUACGGGCCGGGCACGCCGCUCACGCCGCGCCUGGGCACGCCCUUCUCGCAGGACUCGAGCUACUCCAGCCGCCAGCCCACGCCCUCCUACCUCUUCGGCCCGGACCCCGCGGCCCCCUUCAAGGCCCGGCGCCACGACAGCAAGUUCACGGACGCCUACAACCGCCGCCACGAGCACCACUACGUCCACAACUCCUCGGCCGGGGCCGCGUUCCGGGGCGCGUCGCCGCCGCACGACAGCCUGGACUCGCGCAUCGAGAUGCUGCUGAAGGAGCAGCGCACCAAGCUGCCCUUCCUGCGCGAGCAGGACUCGGACGCCGAGCUGCAGAUGGAGGGCAGCCCCAUCUCCUCCUCCUCCUCCCAGCUCUCCCCGCUCGCCCCCUUCGGCAGCUCCCAGCCCGGCUUCCGCGGCCCCUCGCCGCCCUCCUCGCGCCCCUCCAGCACCGGCCUGGAAGACAUCAGCCCCACGCCGCUGCCCGACUCGGAUGAGGACGAGGAGCCGGGCCUGGGCCUGGGCCUGGGCCCGCGGCCCCCGCCGGAGCCGGGGCCCCCGGACCCCGCCGCGCUCCUGGGCCAGGCCGACACGGCCCUGGACCUGGCUGCGGACGGGACCCCGGGCUCGGAGAAGAUGGAUGAGGGCCAGCCGUCCUCCGGCGAGGACAUGGAGAUCUCGGAUGAUGAGAUGCCCUCGGCUCCGAUCACCAGCGCCGACUGCCCCAAGCCCAUGGUGGUGACGCCAGGGGCAGCAGCUGUGGCGGCCCCUAACGUGCUGGCCCCGAAUUUGCCACUGCCUCCGCCACCUGGCUUCCCACCGCUGCCUCCGCCCCCUCCUCCGCCCCCACCACAGCCAGGCUUCCCCAUGCCCCCUCCUCUGCCCCCACCUCCACCACCACCACCUCCAUCCCAUCCUGCUGUGACAGUGCCCCCCCCACCCCUGCCAGCACCACCCGGUGUCCCACCCCCACCCAUCCUGCCGCCAUUGCCACCCUUCCCUCCAGGACUGUUUCCUGUGAUGCAAGUGGACAUGAGCCACGUGCUAGGCAGCCAGUGGGGUGGCAUGCCCAUGUCCUUCCAGAUGCAGACACAGAUGCUGAGCCGACUGAUGACCGGCCAGGGCGCUUGCCCGUACCCACCCUUCGUGGCAGCGGCAGCGGCGGCUGCUUCGGCCGGGCUACAGUUUGUCAACUUGCCGCCCUACCGGGGCCCCUUCUCCCUGAACAACAGUGGCCCAGGCCGUGGGCAGCCCUGGCCGCCCCUGCCCAAGUUUGACCCAUCAGUGCCACCACCGGGAUAUGUCCCACGGCAGGAGGACCCACACAAGGCCACAGUGGAUGGCGUCCUGCUGGUGGUGCUUAAGGAGCUCAAGGCCAUUAUGAAACGCGAUCUGAACCGCAAGAUGGUGGAGGUGGUGGCCUUCCGGGCCUUUGAUGAAUGGUGGGACAAGAAGGAGAGGAUGGCCAAGGCCUCGCUGACCCCCGUGAAGUCAGGAGAACACAAGGAUGAGGACCGGCCAAAGCCCAAGGACCGAAUUGCCUCCUGCCUGCUGGAGUCCUGGGGCAAGGGGGAGGGCCUGGGCUAUGAGGGCCUGGGCCUGGGCAUUGGGCUGCGAGGGGCCAUCCGCUUGCCCUCCUUCAAGGUCAAGAGGAAGGAGCCACCAGACGCAGCCUCCUCUGGUGACCAGAAACGGCUGCGGCCCUCCACAUCUGUGGAUGAGGAAGACGAAGAGUCGGAGCGGGAGCGGGAACGGGACAUGGUGGAUGCCCCCUGCGAGCUUGCCAAGCGGGACCCCAAGGGUGUGGGUGUGCGGCGGCGGCCGGCGCGGCCGUUGGAGCUGGACAGCGGCGGGGAAGAGGACGAGAAGGAGUCCCUGUCUGUGUCUUCCUCCUCUUCGGCAUCCUCCUCCUCGGGGUCCUCCACCACGUCCCCCUCAUCCUCCGCAUCCGAGAAAGAGGAAGAGCAGGAAAGCACAGAGGAGGAAGAGGAUGGGGGCGAGGCUGACGAGGAGGAGGAGGAAGACCGCAAGAGUCAGAUCUCCUCCUCCUCCUCUACCUCCUCCACCUCCGAGAAGGAUGAAGAUGAAGAAGACAGUGAUGCGCGGGAAGAGUCUGAAAAUGAAGACCAAGACACAGCCCUGUCAGAAGCGGGCGAGAAGGGUGGAGGGGACUCGGACGGAGAGGAGACGGUGAGCGCAGGCAGCUCCAGGGCCACAGCCGACUCGUCCAGCGAGAGCUCCGAGGCUUCUGAGUUCGAGUCAAGCUCUAAUUCCGAGUCUGAGUCUUCGUCUUCAUCCUCGGAGGAUGAAGAUGAGUUGGCCAUGGUGAAAGAGGAGGAAGAGGAAGGGGAGGAGGAAGAGGAGCAGGAGGAAGAGGAGGCUGCGGCGGCGGCAAUGGCCGAGGAGAACAUGGCUCCUGCAGAGGCCAAGGAGCUCCAGCAGGAAACGGCCGAGGCGCCGCUGAGUGCGCCCGGGGCACCCGGGGCAGAGCCCGCGGACACGGAAGAGGAGCUGGGGGCUGAGGCUGAGGACGAAGCCCCCCGGGGCCAGACCCCCACCCCAGAAGAGCCCCCUGAACCCGUGCGUGCUGAGGAGCUUGGGGGGUGCCAAGAGCUCCCGGAAGAGCCAGGCCUAAGCCACGAAGAGGCCAUGUUGCUGUCUCCAGAGCCGCCUCCUGCCAGAGAUAUGGAGGCUCAGGCCCCCUCUUCCCCGGAACAAAUUUCAGAGGACGCCCCGGCCGCGGAGCCGGAGCGGCCCCCGGUGCCGGCCCCGACCGGCCAAGGGCCCCCGGGUCUAGCAGCGGCGGUCCGAGAACCUCGUGUGGCCCUUGACCUCCACCCACCCACCAGCCUCUCUUCAGCCAAGAAGAAGAAGCGCGACGAUGGCAUCCGCGAGCACGUGACGGGCUGCGCGCGCAGCGAGGGCUUCUACACCAUCGACAAGAAGGACAAGCUCAGGUACCUCAACAGCAGCCGCGCCAGCACCGACGAGCCGCCCGCCGACACGCAGGGCAUGAGCAUCCCUGCGCAGCCACACGCCUCCACCCGCGCGGGCUCCGAGCGCCGGUCGGAGCAGCGCCGCUUGCUGUCCUCCUUCACUGGCAGCUGUGACAGUGACCUGCUCAAGUUCAACCAGCUCAAGUUCCGGAAGAAAAAGCUCAAGUUCUGCAAGAGCCACAUUCAUGACUGGGGCCUGUUUGCCAUGGAGCCCAUUGCAGCCGACGAGAUGGUCAUCGAGUAUGUGGGCCAGAACAUCCGACAGGUGAUCGCGGACAUGCGGGAGAAGCGCUAUGAGGACGAGGGCAUCGGCAGCAGCUACAUGUUCCGGGUGGACCACGACACCAUCAUCGAUGCCACCAAGUGCGGCAACUUUGCGCGGUUCAUCAACCACAGCUGCAACCCCAACUGCUAUGCCAAGGUGAUCACAGUGGAGUCGCAGAAGAAGAUUGUGAUCUACUCCAAGCAGCACAUCAGCGUCAACGAGGAGAUCACCUACGACUACAAGUUCCCCAUCGAGGACGUCAAGAUUCCUUGCCUCUGUGGCUCUGAGAACUGCCGCGGGACCCUCAACUAGGAUCCCGGGUGCCAAACGCGAAGGAUGUCAGCUGCGCCAGCCUGGGGCUCCGGAGGACCCCUCUCCCCGGCCAGGCCCCACCUCCUGCCCAUUUCAGGUGCUGUCCCUUUUCCCAGCCGCCAUGCCAGGGCCUGGCACCCACACUACCCCAGGACCCGCCCGCAGCUCCAGCCCCGCAGUGGGAAAGGGCUUCUGUCUCUCCACCUGUGUCUCUUUCAGGACUUUUGUUUAACUUCAACACAAACUUUGUCUUCUUUGUGUGUAACUGUCUGUCCGUCUGUCUCCUCUCCUCAUCCGCCUGUCCUCUCUGGACUGUCCUCUCCUCAGCCUACCCGUGAAUGCUGCUAUGUUCUUCUGUCUUCUCUUUCCUUUUCUUCCUUGUCCUAAGAAGAGACAUUUUAACCGCAAAUGUGAAGACAGAAUGGGGGGGCGGGGCUGUGGGGGGUUCAAAGCUGCCGAGUGACCAUGGAUGUGUCAGUCCGGGGUCCAGGACCCUGUGCGGGGACACAGGGCGGGGCUGGCCGUGACCUCAGAACACUAUGUAUCCAAAAGGCCCCUCUCUGCCUGCACGCGUGCGCAGUGAGGAGAGCUCCAGCCUUCCCCGGGGACCACAAUGCCGCCCUGCCAGGCUGACCCUGCGGCCAAGCUGUCCAACCCCCAAAUCCUGGGGUUCAAUGUUUACUUUCUCAUUCGGAUGCCAGCAAUGAGGGAGCCUCGUGAGGUCCCCAGCCUGGUGGGGCGCUGGGUAGGGUGUCUGCUGUCCCCGCCCUCCUAGUGGGAGGGGCUUCGGGGCAGGCGGGUCCCCAGCCCCACCUUACGGGUUGUCUGACAGUUUGUUCCGCACGUGGCAUUUUUUGUUGUUGUCAUUGAUGAUCUUCUCCUGCGCAGCACCCCCUCGGCCCCAGCACCCCGCCCCGGAGACCAGAGCAUAUUUAUUUCUAGAGUGAGCAGAUUUAUUUCUCCCAGAGAAAGGAAAAAAAUCUUGGAAAAGAUUUUAAAACUCACAUCUAAGUCUUUGACAGGUUUUUUUUUUUUUUUUUUUGGCAUUUUAUCCUUUUUCCUUUACUUCCCAUCCUUUUCAGGGUUUAUUUCUAUGAAUUUUUUUCUAAUAUGUGUAUAAAAUCAAAACGAAGGGAAAAAAUAGAUUUUUGAAGUUUCAGAACCAACUUCUGUAAAUAGACUGCCAUAAAGGACUUUUUCUCGGAAACAUUGUUUCUUGUGGAAACACAGUGAGGAGACUUUUUUUGCUCAUUUCUUUGUACUUCCAAAAAAAGAAAAGAAAAAAAAAAAAAGACACAAAAACAAGUCCCCUGUCCCCUCCCCCCAGAGAAGAGCAGAGCAGGCGUGUAAAUACUUCUGGAACAUGACUGUCCAGUCCGGAGCCCUCAUGAAGAAGUGAGGCUCCUGGUGGGUGGGCGGGCACGGGCCACGCCUGCCCAGUCCACCGCCCACCACGGGUGGGCCAGGCCCGAGCCUCUGGUACCUCAGCUUGUGUCAAGCUUGUUAUCAUGUAAAUUCUGUACAAAGAAUUUUAUUUUUCUCUUCUUUGGUCAUUGGUGGUUUUGUUGUGUUUUCUUUAAAAAAAAAAAAUGUUCUUUCACCGCAGGCCCUGGGGUGGAGACUUUGCCCGCUGGUCUGGAGGUCAGGAGGCGGGUGCUUAAGACUAGGGGGAGGGGCAACCUGGACACGGCAGCGACCUUCUCUUCCUUUUGUGAAUUUUUUUUUUCUGCCUAAUUGUGCAACCAAGGAAAUAUUUAUUUUUCACACAAGGAGAUGUAGUGUGUAGACACAACAGAUUUAAGUUACUUGUGCAGCCCCCAAGGGGCUGGUGCCAUGCGAUCUCCUCCUGUGUCCUUCCCCACGCCCCACAAAAAGAGGGAGCAAGCAGGGAUGAGCCGCCACCUCCCCCACUCGCCCACGGGGGGGGGGGGCGGGCCGAGUUAACCUUGGCUGACCUUGACACUGGAGUGCCGGGCUGGGCCCUGUCUCCCCCGGGAAUGGUUUGCAGGAGUGCAGGUACAUGCUGGCCCAUCUUCCUUCCCGAAGCCUCUGCUUCCAUUGAAAAUGAAAUGCUUUAGAAAUGUUGAGGAGGGGUUACUUCUUUUUUUUUUUUUCCUUCUUUUUCUUCCUUCCCUUCCCUUCCCCGCAAAGAAGAAAAACAUAAAUUUUAGGGUUGUUUGUGCAUAUAGACUCUGUCAUCCGUAUGUAACUUGUUUUGAAGAGAAGUGUUCCGUUGUGGUGUCUUGCUGUAAAUAUUUGUUCAUAUUUUUGUGAAUUCAAUACUAUGUACCAUUGUAUUAUAGUAACUUUUAUAAAGCAAUCCAUAAAUA